AAAUGUUACUAAUCGCGAUGCUAAAAAUAUUCUUGUUCUCUCAUCGAUGAACGCACUUAACUGUCACAUUUGUAGAAGUUAAUAUUUUUUUAAGUUACUAAAAGUACUUAUUAUUGUCCUACAUUUGAGGUGCAUGUUAUUAUUCUAUUAAUGAGAAUAUCGAUUUAGGGAUCAUACAAAAAAUACGUCGAAAUAUAUUAAGUUUCAAGUAACUUCAUAAUCGUAACUUCUUGAGUAUUACACCGCGAUCGCGAUCUCAAAUUUAUGCGUCUGUAUAUGCACUGGUAUACACAUGAAGUAUGACAUUCGGUGACGUUGGACAACUGAAUUUUGAAGGUUGACGAUUGACAGAAGAUCUUGGAACGAUCUAUGAUAGUAAAUUAUAUUAGUGCACAUGUAGGAAACAAAGUAAAGGUUAGAAAAAAUCCACUCUUUAUCAUUAUGGCUUCAGGAACUAUAUUAGCGAAAGCUAUUGAGUUAGUAACAAAAGCGACAGAAGAAGAUCGUAAAAAAAAUUAUGAAGAAGCCCUUAGACUAUAUGAACAUGCUGUGGAAUAUUUUCUUCAUUCUAUCAAAUAUGAAGCACAAGGUGAUAGAGCUAAAGAAAGUAUAAGAUCAAGAUGUUUGCAGUAUCUUGAAAGAGCAGAAACAUUAAAGGCAUACUUGAAAAAGAGUAAGAAAAAACCGGUAAAAGCAGGUGAAGAUAAUGCAAAAACAGAAGAUAAGAAAAGUGAUAGUGGAGAUAGUGAUACCGACAGUGAUCCAGAGAAGAAAAAACUUCAAACCAAAUUAGAAGGUGCAAUUAUUAUAGAGAAACCAGAUAUCAAAUGGAAUGAUGUUGCUGGUCUUGAUGGAGCUAAAGAGGCUUUGAAAGAAGCUGUUAUCUUGCCAAUACGAUUUCCACAUCUGUUUACUGGAAAACGUAUACCUUGGAAAGGUAUUUUACUUUUUGGGCCUCCAGGUACAGGUAAAUCAUACUUAGCAAAAGCAGUGGCAACAGAGGCUAACAAUUCUACAUUUUUCUCUGUUUCAUCUUCGGAUUUGGUAAGCAAGUGGCUAGGUGAAUCUGAAAAACUUGUGAAGAAUUUAUUUGAUUUAGCACGUCAACAUAAACCAAGUAUUAUAUUCAUUGAUGAAAUAGAUUCACUUUGUUCAUCUCGCUCUGAUAAUGAAUCUGAAUCAGCACGAAGAAUUAAGACUGAAUUUUUAGUGCAAAUGCAAGGGGUGGGUUCAGAUAAUGAUGGUAUAUUAGUUUUGGGUGCAACUAAUAUACCUUGGGUAUUAGAUUCUGCUAUUAGAAGAAGAUUUGAAAAGAGAAUUUACAUUCCAUUACCUGAAGAGCAAGCACGUGCUGUUAUGUUUAAACUUCACUUAGGAAGUACAGCACAUUGUUUAUCAGAUGAUGAUUUCAAAAAAUUAGCAGCUGCCACAGAGGGUUAUUCAGGAGCAGAUAUAAGUAUCAUUGUGAGGGAUUCUCUUAUGCAACCUGUUAGACAAGUUCAAACAGCCACUCACUUCAAAAAAGUAAGAGGGCCAUCUCCAAAGGAUCCAUCCGUUAUUGUAGAUGAUCUGCUCACACCAUGUUCUCCUGGAGAUCCAGAUGCUAUUGAAAUGAGUUGGAUGGAGGUAGAUGGUGAUAAAUUAUUUAUUCCUCCUGUAACCAUGAGAGAUAUGCAAAAAUCCUUAGCAACGACACGUCCAACAGUAAAUGAAGAUGAUAUGGCAAAACUGGAAAAGUUUAAAGAAGAUUUCGGACAAGAAGGUUGAUCCUUGGAUACUUUUUAUGAUGUAAAUUAAUUCUUUAUAAAAGCAUACUCUCAGUUAUACGUGCUUGCCUUGUUAUUCUUUGAGAAACAAUUAUACUUAACAGUGUUUGUAUAAAGAUAUCUAAGAAGAAGUGCAUACUCCUUUAUCUUUUAUCUCUUCUAUCUGAUUAUAGAAAAAUGAUUAAUUCACCAUAGGCUAUCAAUCUAUAAUAUUUACUAAAAUUUCUUAUUAUUAUGCACUAGUAUAUAAAAUGCAAAAUGAAUUAUAUUUUGACAAACAAUUAUUAAAUUUUAUCUUGAAGAGAUGUAGAUUAUUAUUCAUUCUGAUAUGCAAAAUGGAAAAGUAAAUUUUCAGUAUAAUGGAAAUAUGUAAUGUUCUACUUUGUAAAAGUUAUUGUUAUAUCUAACAAAUCAAGUAUAAAAUACUAAACUUAUUUUACUUUUCUUAUUUCAUUUAUAUACAUACAAAAAGUAAUAAGAAAAUCGCAAUAUCAUUGGUUUAUGAAUUGAAGUUAUGGUUUAUUCGAACAAAUGUCUUUUUUUUAUGUUUUUUUUUGUUUUUUUAAAAAUAAGCAUUUUAUGAUGGCUAUAUUCUUAAAGUAAGUGCAACAUACAAUAUGAUAAAUUUGAAAUAUCUGUAAUUUACUUACAUUAUUUUGUAAUGAACUUUGCUCUGUAAACUAUCCAUUAAAAUUCUGUGUUUACUUAAUAGUAUAUAUUAUAAUGCGUGCAGAUAGAUUUAAUUACUAACUAUUUUAAGUAUGAUAAGGAUGCAUUUCAAUGAAAUGUCACAAGUUAAAACACAAAUGCAUACAUAUGUAAACAAAUAAAAAUAUAAACGACUGGUAAUCAGAACACUA